AUGGCCAAAGUUGACUUUCAAGACCUGUCUGGUACCUCUACCCCCAUCACGGCGAAUCCUUAUGACGGCUUGAUCACCGCUUGCAAUUCUGAUCCAAAAUUGAUCCAAGAACGGUAUUUGCAGCAUCGCAUCACACGCAAUGGCCAACAGAAGGAGAAAAUCCUUGGUGAGGAUUUCAAAGGCUGGAUUCUAGAUGAGCAUCUCGUCAAAUUGGACGGACCGCAACGAGAUAGCAGCUAUGUCGACCCAAGGAAUUGCCUCGUCUUUUGGGCAAGACCACCUGGCAAAGUCAGAACCAUGAUAGAUGUUAUUCAGUCGAAGCUCAAAGACGCUGCUCCGGAUCUUUGGUUGAUGCCGUUGGAUAAUUUGCACAUGACAGUGAUGGAAGUUGCUCAUUCUAGAACGGAAGAAGAGAUUUCGCGAUUGAUGGACACUCUUCAUGCGCAUUGUAAGGAGAUUUGCGACCACACAGAUACUCAUCGAUCGCGCUUGAUCAAGCCAUUGUUGAGUUAUGACUCUGCCGCACUCGCAUUGAGCUUCGUUCCAGCGGCUGGGGAAACUUUAUCACACGGUCGAUCAGCAGCAGAUGAUGAGUACACCUAUCACCACCUACGACGAGACACAUAUGCCGGGUUGACCGAGGCAGGCAUCCAGGUCGGUUCGAGAUAUGUGGUUCCUUCUGCACAUCUCACAAUAGCAAGAUUCAAUUCACCCAACGUCUUUGGCGGAGAUCCAUUGGACGGGAGCCUUGCACUAGAUCCCAAGAAACGGAAACACUGGAUCAACGAGAUCGAGAUAAUAAACCACUGGCUUGAGGCGGAAUAUUGGCCCAGGGAAUCUGGGAACAUCAAGCCCGGUGGUGAAUGGAUUGUGGGAGAGGAAAAAGGACUUGACUUCCGCAAUGGAAGAUUGUGGUACGGAGGUGGUCAGACCAUCUACUUGGGUCAAGGUUUCGUUCAUGGAGAGCUGUGA